CUGUCCGUGUCCACGCAGACAGGAGCCAGCUGGCUUCGAGAGCACGCCCACGGAAAACCCACCCUGUCAGAAGAGCUGAGCGGCUUAGAUGUGUUGUGUGACAUGGAGUUCCAAGAAGAUUUUGCGAAGCUGUUUGAGAAAGCACUGGGCACGCUCCCCUCCGUUGGCCUGCCUACCCUUCUGGCCUACAGACCUGAAUUGGCACGAGAAAACAUACAGAUUGAGGUGAAGGAGGACUCUGCUCCCAGGUGUGAGUACUGCGGCAGCCUGCUGAAGCCGUUCCCUCCCUUCGAAGACGUUUGCCCACCGUGGCAGGAUGACGAAUCGAAGUUCUGCUGCGAGCGUAGCAGAGACCUUUACGAGUUCAUUGCCAAUGAGAGGAAGAGCCGUGAAGAGCGCGUUCCCAUUGCUGUCAGCUCCCGUGAAUCCCACGGCACCAAAGAUGACAGGCUGCUGUCAAAGGGGAGAGCGAACCAGAGGCAGCGGGACAGACAAAUGGCCAGACAGUUAGCUUUCCUGGCAGCAGAGCCGGAGAGCAAAGCUGAAUCUUCACAGCAAGCUGCCACCAUUUCCUACCUGCUUUCUCGGGAGCCCCCAUCACCAAAGGGCUGGACGCUGGUGCCUGUUAAGAGGGAAGCAAAGCCCAAGGAGGAGCCCGUCUCCUACAGCAUCACCUGCUGCGAUUUCACCCCUGGGGGUGCCAAGGUAGUGAAGAAUGAGUUGUUGGAAAAAUACUACAAACACGGAGGGAAAUUCCUUACCAUGCUUCCAGAUGGAACGGCGCAGUUAUUCUAUCCAUCUGGAAAUCUGGCAAUCAUCGUUGUACGAGAGAAAAAACGGCUUAUUUGCAUUGUACGGGAAGACAAGCCGACCAAGGCCGAGAUACGAGCAGUAUUUAAGUCCAAUGGCAGAAGCACUUGCUAUUAUCCGAACGGAACUGUGUGGAUAAAUAUGAAUAUUCAUGGCGGGCAGUAUUUGGACCAAACAGGCAGCAGGGUGAGAAGGUGGACGUGGCCGAACAGCGUCAUACCAUCAGGACCCCACGUGCCACUGAGCCCCAUCUUCAUCUCCCUGAACCGGCACGUGGGGGUCAGGAUCCUGGGCCAGGACAAGAUCACUGUGUCCUUCCUGGCCAUGGGACAACAAGCAAAGUUCAGCGUGGGAACCAAAGUGCAGGUCAGCGACUUCGGCCGGCUGCCUCCCCCUGCCCGGCUGGAUGAAGAGGAGCUCCUGCUGCUGGCCUUCAGGGUGAGGAUUCUGCGGCUCUUCGACAGACUACAGGGAUGCUUGAACUUUCCUUCUAAUGAGCAAUGGGAGAAAAUUAAGCCUCCAGCCUACCUUAUCACACAGGCUUUAAAGAUCUUACAGCUUUGCACAACUUCUGACAUAAGCGAUGAGCUGCGCAGCUCAGUCAGGGCGAUAGUAAAUGCUCCAGUCUGA